CUAUUCAAAAUGCAUCAAUUUAGAAAAUUUUAGAGAGAGAAACAAAAACAACACCCUCAGGAUGGGCAGCUUCAUGUACAUUGUCAUCCUGCUUCUUGCCAUAAUCUCAACCGUUCAUUCCUGCUCGCCAUCAGAUCGGGCAGCAUUAUUAUCUUUCCGAGCUGCCCUAAAUGAAUCUUACUUAGGAAUUUUCAACUCAUGGAAAGGCUACGACUGUUGCCAUGAAUGGUACGGGGUGAGUUGUGAUCCCACAACUCACCGCGUAGCAGACAUAAACCUCCGCGGUGAAUCCGAAGAUCCACUCUUCGAAAAAGCUCAUCGUACCGGUUACAUGACCGGUACGAUCUCUCCAUCUAUAUGCAAAUUAGAAAGACUAUCAAGUCUCACUAUAGCUGAUUGGAAAGGCAUCACUGGACCUAUACCAUCAUGUAUUACAUCCUUACCCUUCCUACGAAUCAUCGACUUAGUCGGAAACAAGCUCACCGGCUCAAUCCCUUCAACUAUAGGUCGAUUAAGUCGACUCACAGUGUUAAACGUAGCUGAAAAUCAACUUACUGGCUACAUACCUCGAUCAUUAACCAACUUAUCAUCUUUAAUGCAUUUAGAUCUCCGAAACAACUUCAUCUAUGGAAACAUCCCAACAAAUUUCGGAAAAUUACGGAUGUUGAGUCGAGCUUUACUGAGUCGAAACAAGUUAACAGGUCAUAUACCGUAUUCGAUUUCGUAUAUUUACAGGCUUUCAGAUUUGGAUCUGUCAUUGAACAAACUUUCCGGUAGCAUACCUCCGUCUCUAGGUAAAAUGCACGUACUUGCAACGUUAAAUCUUGAUGGUAACAAUAUUACUGGUACUAUACCACCUAGUUUGAUUAAUUCACGUAUCAACAUUUUGAAUUUGAGCAAAAAUGCUAUUGAAGGUUAUAUUCCUGAUUCAUUUGAUGAAAGAUCUUAUUUUAUGGUAAUGGAUUUAUCUUACAACAAAUUAAAAGGAAGGAUUCCAAAAUCGAUAUCGUCGGCGACGUUUAUCGGUCACUUUGACGUUAGUCAUAACCAUCUUUGUGGCCAGAUUCCGGAAGGUUCUCCGUUUGAUCAUCUUGAAGCUUCAUCUUUUACUUACAAUGAUUGUCUAUGUGGGAAGCCUCUUAAACCUUGUCACUAAAGUGUGACUAUUAUUAGGUAAAUUUAAUUUUACUUUUCUUUUUUGAGAUUUUUAUUAACACUACAUAUUGGUGAAUAUGUUUGUAUUAUUAUGUGAUACUGAAAAGUAAAGUGUUUUUUUUAGCAUAUAUUUGUAAUUUUAAAUGUAUAAUUGUGCCUUGAGAUAUAUGAAGGCUUUCUUAUA